AUGAACCCAAUCUACCUGGACCCCCAUCUUCGGGACCCAGGCUCUCGAACAAAAUCCCGAAAUGAUGCAGCGACAGGAGCCUCAGCCGCUGGUGUUCGGGCUGUCAGUGCGCAGAUGGUAGCCUUUUACUUCCGAGCUCCGAUCAAGGCUUUUUUUCGCACUCGUGUCGAUUAUAUGGCUUUUGCCCGAGCUGUGAACCCUCGAGUCGCAGAAGGGAAAUGGUCAAUCCAUACCACCACCCCUGGCUUGUUGCUCCAUGCGGUUAGAACAUAUGGCUGGCAGUUUAUUCCCAACCAAGUCUUGCCACCUCUUUUGGCGAAUGCAGGGAUCGGGGCCGUUCUCUAUACUUCAUAUUUACAGGUCUUGGGGGCCCUCCAUGAACCUGUGUCCCAAGGAGUUAAGCGUGUCUGGCCUCCUGCGCCUCCAUCAGCCACUUUCACCGCUGGAUUCACCGCAGGAACCAUCCAGUCCAUCGUUGCGGCACCCUUGGAUGCCCUACAGGUUCGUCUACAGACCAGCGAUAUGCUGGAGGGUCAGUACCGGAGUAUGUGGCAUUAUGGGCACCAUAAACUGAAACAGAUCGGGCUUCGAGGAGUCUUUGCUGGCUGGAGCCUCUCCUUUCUACGCGACUCGCUCGGUUAUGCCGUGUUUUUCUCCACCUUCGAAUAUGUCAAAUCUCAGUCGUACUACUCUUUCGUUACCUGGUAUUAUGGAUCUCUUCAUGCCGACCAUUUGGAUCAGCUUCCUUCCUCCGGAUCCAGCGACCGAGGCGUGCCACUUAUCAAGCCUCAUUAUGCACUGGAGCCUGGUUUCCUGAUGAUGGCGGGCGUGGUAGCAUCGGUGGCCCAGCAAGCUAUCCAGCAUCCUCUUAGCCGAAUUCAAAAUCUGCACCUGGGCCGAUUAGAGUAUUUGGAUCACCAAGCGAGCCUGGACCCCUCGCGAAAACAGAUGCUCCGUCUGUACUACCAUGCGUACGAAGAGACCUGGAAACGAUGCCGACGCAAGGCCGAGCGGGCCGGUGGGUUGCGGUCAUGGUUAUUCCGCGGUUUUGUGAGCAGCUCCCUCCGACAGGUUCCCAGCACCAGUGCAGGUCUCAUCAUCUUUGAGCUGUGGGCUUCCGGCCCAUCGACCGUCAUCAUUCUCUCUCCAACCUCCCCACGCGCCAUUCCCCUCCGAUCCCUUUCCCGCUCCCCCGCCCAAUCCAUCGCCCUAGAAUCCGCAAGCGAGAAAGGUAGCCGUCGUUCAUCCCACUCGUCAACUCGUUCUGAAUCCGGCUUCUCUAUCUGGUCGGAGACUGGUGAUCUUGCCGAACAACUCGCCGAGGAUCCCCUCCAGAACCGCCCACGCGAGUCCCUCGAGCGUGACUUCUUGGUGCGUAAAGGACGACAGAACCCCUCCAAGCGGGUACACUACCCGCGGGAUUUGGAGACCCAUACCGCAGCCCUUAAAGAGAAGAUCAAAAUCCCCACUCCUUCACCACGGCGGAUAUCUCGAGUAGAACGGCUCUUGGCCACCAUUAUGUCCCCCAGCAGCAGGCAAGAUGCCAAAGCCCAUGGUUUGGUGGGAAAACCCCUGCUGUAUUUCACAAGCGUGUUCGUAUCACUAGGGGUAUUCCUGUUUGGCUAUGAUCAGGGUGUCAUGUCCGGUAUCAUCACUGGUUGGUACUUCGACGAUUACUUUGACCAGCCCUCGCGGGCCACUAUCGGCACUGUAGUGGCCAUCUUGGAGAUCGGAGCGUUCAUAUCUUCUCUCAUGGUAGGCCAGAUCGGGGAUAUGAUAGGUCGACGAAAGACGAUCCUCUAUGGAUCAUUGGUGUUCUUCGUGGGCGGAGGCCUCCAAACCAUGGCCACCAGCAUGGCUAUGAUGAUGGUGGGUCGCAUCAUUGCCGGUUUCGGUGUGGGUGCCUUGUCCACAAUCGUGCCCGUGUACCAGUCGGAAAUUUCGCCUCCCCACAAUCGCGGUAAAUUGGCCUGCAUUGAAUUCACUGGGAACAUUGCCGGAUAUGCAACCAGUGUCUGGGUGGACUACUUCUGUAGCUUCAUUGAGUCGAAUUACUCCUGGCGGCUGCCUCUUCUUUUCCAAUGCAUCAUGGGUCUUGCCCUUGGAAUCGGAAGUUUGCUGAUCUGCGAAUCGCCCCGGUGGCUCUUGGAUAACGAUCAUGAUGAGGAGGGCAUGGUGGUUAUCGCCAAUCUAUAUGGCGAAGGUGACAUUCAUAAUGAUAAAGCACGACAGGAGUACCGCGAAAUAAAGAUGGGGGUUCUCCUGCACCGCCAGGAAGGGGAAAGAUCCUACGGGGACAUGUUUCGCCGCUACAAUAAACGAGUCUUCAUCGCCAUGUCGGCCCAAGCCCUGGCCCAGCUAAACGGCAUCAACGUCAUUUCGUACUAUGCACCCCUUGUCUUUGAAUCCGCUGGCUGGGCGGGACGAGAUGCCAUUCUCAUGACAGGCAUCAACGGAAUCUCAUAUCUUCUUUCCACCAUCCCUCCAUGGUAUCUCGUUGAUGGCUGGGGUCGACGGCCAAUUCUACUGUCGGGAGCAGUAGCGAUGCUCAUCUCUCUCUCCUUGAUAUCUUACUUUAUUUAUAUCGAAAUUAGUGCCACGCCAACCCUGACAGUGAUUUUUGUCAUGAUCUACAACGCUGCGUUUGGGGCGUCAUGGGGCCCAAUCCCGUGGCUCUACCCCCCCGAGAUCCUUCCCUUAAGCAUCCGUGCCAAGGGAGCCAGCUUGAGCACUGCGGCCAAUUGGGCGUGCAACUGGCUUGUUGGAGAGGUGACCCCAGUUCUACAGGGUGCAAUCAAGUGGCGACUGUAUCUGGUCCAUGCCUUUUUCUGCGCAUGCAGCUUUGUAGUUGUCUACUUUUUGUACCCCGAGACAAGCGGUGUUCGACUAGAAGAUAUGAAUGUCUUGUUCGGCGAUGCCACAACCGCUAUGCCCACACCGGCCACUGAUGCCGAGCGAGGGUCACUUAUCGGUGCCGGAUCACCUGUACCAUCCCUUGAUAUACGUCGACCGUACGGCCAGUUUGGCACCGAGAGUUCCAUUCCCGGACUCGAUAUUGACCCCCCAUCUUUGAGUCAGAGCCAUGAUGGACCCAGCAAGUCUAGCCAACCCAGUUCUCCUCCGGGUGCGAGUCGAGGUGAAGGAAUUGGUGGCUGGAUCUCGAACAUGGUCAGCCGGCAACGGAGUACCACCAGUCAAAGCUAUCGACGCUUGGAACAGGGGGAGGAGGAAAAUGAGUGA